AUGACCAUUAAGAAUGGUACAUUCUCUGUGGCAGGAAAUAUCUUUGUUGAAGCUCAAGAGGAGAUCAGCGCUGUGUUCGGGGAAAACGAGGAGAGGUCGGCCUCCCAGGACCAUCAUCCACGACCACGCACGCCCGCACGCCCACCUCUGGCUGAUGGCCAGGGUUCGCCCUCAAAAAUACGCAAAGUUUACUCAGGUGCCGAGAAGACAGAAACCUACGUGACCCGGCGACAGGUCUCCUCUAUUCCAUAUCCACGUCGCCGCAUCCCCUUCACCAGGAAGACCCGUCGUGUGUCUGCCCCUACCCUCUCCAUUGCCCAUGCUUGCAGUGGUAGCUCCUCUCCACCACCUUGGCAGCCGAGGACAGAUCCGCUCUUCCAGCAGUGGUCCAGAGGGCUGUUAAAAGACUUCCAUUCCUUGGUAGAGGAGGAGAUACGGACCCUCCGCGAAUCCAAGUCGCCUCCAGAUACCACCCUACAAUAUCACUGGCAACAUUUGUUGAGUGACAGUGGCAAAUUAAGAGAGAGUGAGAGGCUGGUGAACGCCUACACUACUGGCUGCCAAGCUGGGGAGUGUGCGGCUACAAAGGUUGCCGGGGAACCUUGCCAGAAGUCAUUAUGUGGCCAUGAUAAUGAGGCAGUAUUGCAGCCAUUAAGUCAGGCCUCUCUCAUCAUUGCCGAAGAAAUGGGUGCUACUCAAAGUGCAGGUCGGGGAGAUACAUGGGCAGGAGAGCGGUCACCUGCUUUCAAGACGUACACCCUGCCACGGGGCCACCGUAGUGUUAGUCUUAGUGGUGCUGGAGCCAUCACCUACCGUGACUCCAGUGGCCACCCCGACGACUCUGACAUCAGUUGUCAGUUGCUACGGGUUAACCCUCGCUUCUCACGUUCCCAUUCCCUGGACGAAGGCACAGGGCUCAGCCCAUGGGCACUCCAGCAUCUAGCCGUCAUCGAUGACACUAAUGCCAGCCCGCCACCCACACCUGCAGACGAGAGCAGCAGGGCCAGCCAGUCAACCCUCUCUACUGUGACGGAGCCUCAGACCAUACCAACGACGCCUCGUGACCCUUUGGGCUUUACAGAGCUUAGCUCACCAGCAGUACACUAUGGUAAGACAAGGAAGACUGGAUACACAGAAAAAGAUAAUGAACCCUUCCGGUCACAUGCAGUGGAGUGUGACCAGAGUAACUACAGCACUGGGGGACUGACCAAUGGGUGGGAUGACCAUCCUACCCUCACCUUCCCUGCCACAUGCACACAUUCCACUAACUCUACUGAUUCCAUCAAACUUCACAGAGUAUCGGAGAGCUUCCUAAAUAGUAAUGGAUCUUCAGCUUUCACACCAGCGGAUCUGCGGAAGGGCGUGAGUGAGCCAUGGGAGUGGGCAGACCAGGAGGGAGCCUGCAGCCUCACUGACCGACCCUGCGACCCCAACUCCUGCACUCGCUGUUAUGCCAAGAUGAUGUCUGUUUCAGAAGAAAAAUUUAAAUGUGAGGACGUUAUGAACCAGAAAGAGACAACGGCGGCAUCUCCUACUGGGUGUAAGCUAGGUAGAGGAGUGCCUGAGAUUGAAGGAAUGGGAGAAGCAGUUCGCACUCAGUAUAAAGACAGUGUGUCUGUGUGUGUCACUCCACCUGAGUUAUUAAAUGACUCUUACUCUGAAGAAGUGUUUCCAUGUGAUAUUCCCACCGAGGCAGAAAUACCAGGCGAGAGACUCUCAUGCAAUAGAGAAUGGAGUGGGGUGGGGCGUAAGAGUGAGCCAUCACUACUGAGUGUGAUGGGGCUGCCAGGGCAACUGGAUGGCCGUCGUCAUACACUGCCUGUCCCAAGAGCCUUUGGCAGCUUGUCCUUCCUGUCUGUGCCCGUCCCGACCUUCAAUACCUCGUCCUGGGAGACGCUGCCUCCAGCUGAUGAGCUUGAAGUGGAGUUGGAGGAGAAACCGAUCACUGGAAGUGUGGUGAGGCCCACUUCUCCAGCUGUAAGUGCCACUUCUUCCCGCUCACUUAACUCGUCCCUCUCCUCGCUAUCACUGAGUGUCCACCCAGAUCAUUCUGAGUGUGACUCAUGGCCUUCAUCGCCCAUGGCCCAGCCAUACCUUACUCCCGACGUGUUCUUCGACCCAACCGCAAUGGCUGUUCCAUUCAAACCUGAUGAUUUCUCCUUAAAGGGUUGGCUAUAUGAAGAUGAUAGCAUUUUUAUGCCCAGAGGAAGAAGAGAGGCUGAUGUAGUCUUGGAUUCUGGUAUUGAGAGCCAUCAGGCCAAGAUGAAGGUAACUAAAAGCAUUCAGUCUCCAGAGCCCAUUAUGGGUAUGCUGCAUACAAGUCCUGAGGGGUACCAGGGGCGAGGUGAUAUUAUUUUCUCUGUCUCCAUCCCCGAAGACCAUAGGAAAGACAGACACAAGAGUAACCUUUCGUUUAGCUCCACCAAUGAAAGUAGUGAUAUCAGUACAAUAUGUGAUAAGUCGGAAUCACAAGUCAGUGACUUGAGGGAUGAGGAUACUAUGGCCAAUGUUACUAGGAACGAGGCAGCAGACGCACAUCCUGAAAGCCUAUGUCCCCGCCUGGCCAGUAUUAGCCUCCAAGAUGGGGAAGACAAAUGUGACUUGGAGAAAAAAAUGAUUGGCUGCAGAGACACCAAGGACAGUGGCGUGACGGACCUUUCCAGCAGUGUGGAAGGCUCGGCGGCAGUAUAUUGGCACCGAAACCAGACGAGGGAAAGGUUGGAGGGAGACCUAUUGAGGCCACCCGCCAGGUAUCGCAGCUUUUCUCUGGACGAGACCACUUCUGCUCUUCAUAAUCAAAACAUUAAACUAGUGAACUCUGCCACACAGUCGCACCGGCCGGAGGCCCUCGUGGACUUCCUGAAGGCGGUCGAGUCUCGCAUCCGGAGCGGCAGCGUCGACCAGUCGUCGCCCCGUGACGCCCCGCUGCCCUGCUUCCCUCCGUCGCCGACGUCGCCGCGGGAGCUGUCGUUCUGCCCGGCGGUGGUGCUGGACGCCUGCACCCAGACCACGCCCACGCCCCCGCCCACGCCCCCGCCGGCCUCCAGGGCCUCCUCCGUCACUUGGCUCAGUGACUGCGGCUGUGACGACGUGGCCUCCAUGGAGCCCUGUGCCUCCUCUCUGGCUCUCAGUGCCACUGAAGACGACUACGGUGAAGACGACGACGACGACGACGAUGACUGGUCUGCGGGCGUGUCGCUGUCAUCGUCGUCGCCGCCGCCCACGCCCGCGUCCUUGCCCCGCGACGACUCCUCCCUCUCGCUGUCGGAGUCGCUGGACACGCUGGACCUGAACGGCGAGUCCGGGAUCGGGACGGUGUCGACGCGGCCGUCCGUCAGCCCGUACCCGCAUGCGGCGCUGCUCGACCUCUCGGGCUCCAACCUGUCCUCCGAGGACACGGGGCUCGAGAACAGCUUCGAGCGGCAGCUGCGGCGGUACAUCCCGCACCACCGCGGUGGGCGGGAGGGCGAGGGCGGCGGCCACUACCGCCGCCGCCGCCCACGCCACCACGAGCAGUGGGUGCGGCGGGAGGACCAGACCACCCAGACCGACCCGGAGCCGCCCGCGCCCGCCCACGCCCUCGAGGACGACAGCAAUGAUAGCCUCCGCGAGUCGCGGGAGACGCUGGAUCCUCGCGGGUUGCGGGCGGUGCGACACACCCACAGCGAGCCGCGUCUCGACGCCCACAUGACGCCCAUCGUGGGCGUGCUGCGGGGCGUGUGUAGCGAGACGACGAUCACGCCCACUUACGCCUCCCGCACGCACUUCACGCCCUCGGCGCCCACACUGCCCACCCUGACGGAGGACAAGCCGCCCAUAGCGCCCUCGCGACCCCGCCACCUGUCUCUGUCGUCGCCGCCCACACAGACGCCCGCGGGGAAGGCGUGUUCCGCCCCCGCCCUGGAGACCCGCGCCCACCACACCCCGGCCACCACGCCCUCAGAGGAGUCAUCCGGAGAGACCUCGGCGCUGACCACCAGAGCUCAGUCCUCCAAGGAGAUAGCAGAGCUGGAGGCGCUGGAGGCCUGCAAGUGGCUACGAGCAGCCGGCUUUCCUCAGUAUGCUCAAAUGUACGAAGAGCUGCAGUUCCCUUUGGAUCUGGUUUGUGUGGAGAGGGACCACACUUUUCUGGAUGGAGACUCUCUGCAGGCACUCUUCAGGAGGCUCAGGGCUCUCAACCGCUGUGCCAAAAUUCGUCUCGACUCCGCCAGGAAGAACAAGGUUGAGGAGUCAGAUGAUGAGGAGCAGCAGUGUGCCCUCUCUGGCAACUGGAAGUUCCAGCGACACUCCAGGCGCUGGUCCAGGAUAGUCCAUGACCGCUCACCCAGUACAGGUGGUGAAGGCAAGGUUUGUGAGCCCCGAGGCCUGGAGCUGCCAGAUGAUCCCCUGCUCGGGCAGUUCAAACGUUCAGGCUCUGAGAGACUCAGAGAUGGUGCUAAGGCUCUCCUGAAACGCAUGGAGUCUCUCAAAAACAAAAAGAAGAAGCGGCAGAACAGGGAUGGUGUUAUUAUCAGUGGUCCUAAGGUGUUGGACGAGGCUCACAUGGAGGCAAGAGUGGCAGAGCUGGCAUGUGUAGACAUAUCUCCAGAUGCAUCGCCUGAACUUUCAACCCGCAGCAUCACCACUGCCCCUGGCCGCUCCAGUCCCACCCUUCCCAAAGACAUACCUCACACCACCCGUGGCGAGGACUCUUCAUCAAUAGCAUCUGAUCACUCUCAGACUUCCACCCCGAUGUUUCGCAGUCGGCGGAGACGAAAGAUCAAUUGGCGGACAGGAGGCAGCAAUCAGGGUGGCAGGGAGGGUACUGGAGGAGCCUACAGUGACUCGGAAUGCUCGCCCCCCACCUGGAGACACUACCUCACAAAUGCCAACUCCAAUAAGAUGAUGACAGCUGGACAGACAACUUCGGUAUGUUUAGAAAAGCGAACCAAUAAGGGAGGUACCGGGAGACAGUCGAGAGCGAGCCAUCUGCGACAUACUGGUUCCCUUACUUAUGGCAAAGAUUCCCAAGUUGCUAGGGAAACAUUUCUUGCCAGCAUCAGAUCAGGUGUGGAGAAAUAUGUUGAGAAUAUCUCACCAUUACCAAGUCCAGAAGGAGAAAGACAUUCCGUUUAUGAUAAUGUGCCUCUCAUUAUAUGUAACAAGAGCUAUCAUGAUUAUCAGCCUGAAGUCAUGGACUCUGAAGCCAGUGCUCCUGAGGGCUCGGGAAGCAGUGAGUGUACAGUGGAGAGUAGAGACUCUCCUUUACCUUCCACACACGAUGAUGAGGAGAAUGAUGAGCCUUGUCAAAGAAGAAUAACAGUUGACAGAUGGCACAGUUUCAACAGAAAAUCAUUUACAUCCAGUUCACGGUAUUUGGGCACACAGUUAAAUGGUUUCAGCGCAGGUCAAAUGCUUCAUUUAAGAAAAAGAGCACUACUAAGGCUAACAGCACUUAUGGAACGGUACUGUCCGAGCAAUCGUAGUGGAUGGAAUUGGGAACUCCCCAAAUUUAUGAGAAAAAUUAAGACGCCCGAUUAUCGUGAUAGGCAAGUUUUUGGUGUUCCUCUCCUGGUAAUCACACAGCGAACAGGCCAACCACUUCCUCCUGGUAUUCAAGCUGCUCUCCAGUAUCUUAGAGCCACCAGUUUAGAUCAAGUUGGUAUAUUCAGAAAACCUGGGGUUCGUUCUCGAAUUCAAAAACUAAGAGAAUAUCAUGAGUCUGGGGAAGACAUCCAAUAUUCAUCAUUUGGUACCUGCGACAUUGCUGAUAUGGUGAAGACAUACUUCAGGGAACUACCAGAAGUUUUGCUUACCAACAAACUCUCAGAAAUGUUUAUUGCAAUCUUUCAGUACUUACCAGCCGAACAUCGUCUUGAGGCUCUCCAGUGUGCGGUUUUGUUGCUUCCUGAUGAGAAUAGGGAAGUUCUCAUGGCACUUUUAACUUUUCUAUCAGACGUUGCUGCCAAUUCACAUCUAAAUCAGAUGCAUGCCAGCAACUUGGCUGUAUGUUUGGCACCAUCCCUCUUCCACUUGAAUGUCGGUGGGUCUGGAUCAAGUCCAUUACGACGUCGUGCUGCAGGAACACCUGAGCAACGAGAUCUUCACGAGAACAAAGCAGCUCACCAAUGCCUCACCCUUAUGAUACAGCAGGUCAGUCACAUUCAAUGCGUGCCUGUGGAGAUGUUGUCCAACUGCCGAUUUACAUACUUGGAGCAGAGUCAGCCAGUGUGUCUUGAGGACCUAGGUGUAAUGGGUUCUCCAGGGGCAAAUUCCAUGGAAGGAGACUGGGCUUCCUAUAUGAAUGCUUGCAUCACAUCUUUACUGAAGGAAGCAAGAGACAGAUCUCGAGGAUGGGUACAUAUGAAUUGCGCCGAUUCUAAUGUAGAGAUACUUUACCGCAAAGUUGGAGAUGGCCACCCACUACGUUUGUGGAGAGCAACAACAGAGGUUGAAGCUCCACCAUCAGAACUGUUGAAUCGUGUCAUUAGAGAAAGGCAUUUAUGGGAUGAUUCCCUAUUGAAAUGGAGAGUAGUAUGUCGUUUAGAUCGCCAGGCUGAAGUUUUCCAGUACAUGUGCAAUUCGAUGACUCCGCGACCUCCAGUGGACUACUGCGUAUUAAGAUGUUGGCGGAGUGAUCUGGCACGGGGAAGUUGUGUGGUUGUGGAAACCUCUGUAGAACAUGCUGAUGCUCCAGUGCUUGUUGGAGGUGUUCGGGGUAUAGUCUUAGCUUCACGGCAUCUAAUUCAACCUUGUGGUUCUGGGAAAUCAAGGAUAACACACAUAUCAAGACUGGACAUGAGAGGGAGAACACCAGAGUGGUACAACAAAGUCUAUGGCCCUGCCACUGCCAUGCACUUAACACGGAUAAGAGAGAGCUUCCAGCAUCAUGCCAUUGGACCUGAAAGCAAAGUUUAGAUUCAUUCCAAGAAUUCAUAUAUAAAUUACCAUUCAUCUCAUUCCUGUAAAAAUACUGUACAAACUGGAAUAUACUUCAGUGCUUUCCGGAUCAUGGAAGGUGAACCAUGAAAAGUGAUAAUGCAACAGAGCUUCCAUGUGUUCAUAGGAAAGAGAUUGAAGAAAAACGUUUUGUAUUUUAUGUUGCAAGUAAUACUUAUAAAAAAUAUAUAUUGUGGUUGGUGACCAAGUAUAUUAUCCAGGAUCAUUGUGGACCAGUGUACAUUCCUGUGUGUUAUGUGGAGAAUGGUAUGGGUAAAGUGUGUGUGUGUGUGUGUGUAAUUACCUAGGUGCAGUUACAAUAUGAGAAUUACGCUCAUGGUGUCCCAUUUCCCAGCACUUUGUCAUAUAAUGCUUUGAAGCUACUGAUGGUUUGGCCUCCUCCACCUUCUCGCCUAACUUGUUCUAACAGUCUACAACUCUGUGAAAGUGAAUU